AGAAACCCGAAUGUUGCUGUGGAUGAGAUCAAAUUCGCCUUCCUUGACUGAAACUAGUGGAUACCAUUCAACUCCCGGGAGUGCAUCAUCGUUGUCUGACGUUCAUGAUCAACAGACUGAGAGUGGAUAUGCCAAGGAACAUGAAGGUCAGCUGCCUCACAUAACCCUCGGAUGGGAGGUUCAGGAUGGGAACAUGAAGCUCAUCGCUUAUAACUAUAAUUCAAUCCUUAUUCAAGCUUGUUUGGACGAAAAAUUGGUGAUAGUGAAACGACUUUUGUCAAGCAGUUCCGUUGAUAUCAAUAAGAGAACAAAGGGUGGAUGGACACCUGUGUUAAUUGCCGCUCACAAGGGAAAUAUGGAAUUAUUAACCCUUUUGGUCAAGCAGAAAUGUGACCUCUCCCUUACGUUAGAUAACGGUGAGAAUAUCUUGCAUGUCGCAUGUUCGAGGGACAAUGUAGAUAUUGUUGAGUAUGUUUUCUCGCAUAGAAUAGCUGACAUAGACAGCAGAGACAGGGUGGGGAGAACGCCAGUGUUGUAUGCAGCAGGGAAAGGCAAUAAGAAAAUUGUUGAUCUACUGGUCAGCAAAGGAUGCAACUUGUCGGUAGUGGAUGAUCAAGGUAGAAACAUUCUACAUGCUGCAUGUUUAGGUGACAAUGAAGACAUUGUUAAGGAUCUUCUCUCGCGUGGGAUAGCUGACAUAGAUAGCAGAGAUGAUCGAGGAAAGACACCAGCGAUGUAUGCAACAGAGAAGGGCAAUAAGAAAGUUGUUGAUCUACUGGUGAGCAAAGGAUGCAACUUGUCGGUAGUGGAUAAUCUUGGUGGGAACAUUCUACAUGUUGCAUGUUUAGGUGACAAUGAAGACAUUGUUAAGGAUCUUCUCUCGCGUGGGAUAGCUGACAUAGAUAGCAGAGAUGAUCGAGGAAGGACACCAGUGAUGUAUGCAGCAGAGAAGGGCAAUAAGAAAGUUGUUGAUCUACUGGUGAGCAAAGGAUGCAACUUGUCGGUAGUGGAUAAUCUUGGUGGGAACAUUCUACAUGUUGCAUGUUUAGGUGGCAAUGAAGACUUUGUUGAGGAUCUUCUCUCGCGUGGGAUAGCUGGCAUAGACAGCAGAGACAGGGUGGGGAGAACGCCAGUGUUGUAUGCAACAGGGAAAGGCAAUAAGAAAAUUGUUGAUCUACUGGUCAGCAAAGGAUGCAACUUGUCGGUAGUGGAUGAUCAAGGUAGAAACAUUCUACAUGCUGCAUGUUUAGGUGACAAUGAAGACAUUGUUAAGGAUCUUCUCUCGCGUGGGAUAGCUGACAUAGAUAGCAGAGAUGAUCGAGGAAAGACACCAGCGAUGUAUGCAACAGAGAAGGGCUAUAAGAAAGUUGUUGAUCUACUGGUGAGCAAAGGAUGCAACUUGUCGGUAGUGGAUAAUCUUGGUGGGAACAUUCUACAUGUUGCAUGUUUAGGUGACAAUGAAGACAUUGUUAAGGAUCUUCUCUCGCGUGGGAUAGCUGACAUAGAUAGCAGAGAUGAUCGAGGAAGGACACCAGUGAUGUAUGCAGCAGAGAAGGGCAAUAAGAAAGUUGUUGAUCUACUGAUAGCAGAGAUAAUCAAGGAAGGACACCAGCGAUGUAUGCAGCAGCGAAGGGCUAUAAGAAAGUUGUUGAUCUACUGGUGA